GUCUUUUCCUGACUGAAUCAUUAGAUCAUAGAGUGUGAGAACAAGUCAAAGACGGAGACAAACGAUGGGGGAAUUUAUGUGGAUUUUACUUUGUAUGAUUUUUCUCCAAUUUACAGUAAUUCAUGGAGAUAACAUCAGUGUCUUCAUCCAGAAUGAAAAUGAUGCCACUUUGCCUUGUAUGAAUGUGAUCAGUGGUCAACAUGAAUGUGAGAAGACUACAUGGACUUUCAAAGCUGCAGAAAGCAAAUCAGCAGUGGAGCUAAUUAAAGAUGGAACAGUUCAAGAAUCUGUUUUGAAUCAAUCACACAGACUGAGUAUUACAGCAAACUGUUCCCUGCUUAUAAACAAAGUCACAGUGUUGAAUGCAGGUCACUAUUACUGUAAACAGAGUGAUGAAUCAAAAAAACACGAUGAGAAUGAUGAUGAUGAUGAGGUUCAUCUGUCUGUUGUGACCAUGACUGAAAGGAACGACAGUAAUGUGCAGUUCAUCUGCGCUGUGUGGGGGCGUAAAAAAUGUGAACACACAGUGAAGUGGCUGUAUGAUGGUGAAGUAAUGAACAGUGUGACUAAAGUUUCAGAGUUAUCAUACAUCUGUUUGGCCUCUGUGGCCUUGGAUAAUAAACCAAUGAAUUAUGAGUUGCUGGAGUGUGAAGUGACAGAUGCAGACAGUAAAAAAGUGCAUCGCUUUCCCUUUAAAUCUGCAGUUCAGAAAACAGGUGAAGAUGAAACUAAGCCAACUGCAGCAGCACCUACCACAACAGCAGAUCCUGUUUUUUUUAUCAGACUCAUCAUUGUGUGUGUGGGUUUAACAGGCCUUUCAUUGACUGCUUGUGUUCUCACCCAGUGGAUGAAAAGGAAACGGAAUACGACACAGAUCAGUCAAAAUGAAGUGGUCAUGUCUUACCGUGUUGUGGAGGCUUCUGCAGCCUCCGCCGACCCUGACGUCACUUAUGAAAACCAGCAAAACACAUAAGAGGACACAGAGUCGUCUGAAACAUCUCACCCAUCAGCGUUUAGUGGGUUUUCUACUGUACAUUUAAUCUGUAUAGACAUGAUCUUUCUGAAUCCUGAGUAUGUAGUAUUUUCUGAAUCUGUAACAACUGUGCAGGUAUAUAUUCAAUUAUUUCUGAUUAAUGUGUUUGUUUUUUUGUUUGUUUGUUUGUUUUAAAGGAAAAUGUUGUAUAUCAUUAAAAUCAAAUCCAUUUUAUUGUAAUCCAUGGACGAAUGAUAUAGGUGGAUGUAAAACCUUUAUUUUAAAUCUUAUUGUACAUUUUAAGACAGAAAAAAUAAAUAAACAAA